AGAAGCAUGAUGGCGGCGAGAGCAGGAAAGCAGCAGCAGCACCGUGUGGGGAGGAAAAACGGCUCUGGGGAGCAGGAUGAGGAGGUACAGCCGCUCCAGGCCGUGCUGAUUACUGACAGCUUCAAUCGGAGAUUCUUCCCCAUCAUUAAAGAUCAGCCGAGGGCUCUCCUUCCCCUGGCCAAUGUCUCCAUGAUCGACUACACUCUGGAGUUCUUGACAUCUACAGGUGUGCAGGAGACGUUUGUUUUCUGCUGCUGGAUGUCCAACAAGAUAAAGGACCAUCUUCUGAAGUCGAAGUGGUGUCGUCCCAGCUCCCCGAACACGGUACACAUCAUCACGUCAGACCUGUACCGCUCUUUGGGAGAUGUUCUGAGGGACGUGGACGCAAAAUCCCUUGUUCGCUCUGACUUCAUCCUGGUGUAUGGAGACGUGGUGUCCAAUAUCGACCUAUCCCACGCCCUGCAGCAGCACAAACUGAGGUGUAACGAGGAGAAGAACAUCUCAGUGAUGAUGAUUUUCAGGGAGUCAUCCCCUGGCAACUGGACACGCUGUGAUGACUAUGAUGGCAUCAUUGCCGUAGAUACCAAGAGUAACAGAGUUCUCCACUAUCAGAAGACCCAGGGUCUGAAUAAGAUCCACUUCCCCAUGAACAUUUUCCAUAGUGGCAGUGAUGACGGACCUCAAACUCAUGAUCUGCUGGACAUGAUCAGUAUCUGUUCCCCUCAGGUGGCUGAACUCCUCACUGAUAACUUCGACUAUCAGACCAGGAACGACUUUGUCUGUGGGAUUCUCGUCAACGAGCAAAUUUUGGGGAAUCAGAUCCACAUCUUUUUGAGUAAAGAUGGCUACGGCGCGCGCGUCUCCAACCUGCACAUGUACGACUCUGUGUCUUGUGAUCUGAUUGGCCGCUGGGCGUAUCCCAUCACCCCUGAAGCUAACUUCUCAGAUGGGGGGCGGAACUUCACGCACCCGCGCCACAACGUUUACCGUGAAGUGGGCGUCAGCCUAGGACACGGCAGUUUCAUGGAGGAAAACGUUCUGAUUGGACAAAACACUGUGAUCGGCGCCAACUGCAGUCUGUCAAACACUGUGAUUGGGGCUAACUGUCUCAUCGGUGAUGGCGUGGUGUUGGAUCGAGCGUUUAUCUGGAACAACGUUCGUAUUGGUGACGGUGUGACGGUUCGUCAGUCUGUGAUCUGUGAUGGAGUGGAGGUGAAACACAGAGUUACACUCAAACCACAGUGUGUACUCGCUUAUAGUGUGGUGGUGGGGCCGGGCGUCUCUCUCCCUGAGGGGACGGUUGUGUCUCUGCAUCACCCAGACGAAGAGGAGGAAGAUGAAGAUGAAGAUGAGUUCCUGAGUGAUGAUAAUGACGUCAGCGUUCAUAAAGACAAGGCCAAACACAAGGCGUAUAACCCAGCUGAGGUGGGCUCUGAGGGGCGGGGCUACCUGUGGAAGAACAGCAGCAUUAAUGAUGUGGAGGAGGAGGAGCUAACACAGUGCAUUUGGGGUCUGGUUAUAAAGUCUGAUCCUGAGAGUGAGACAGAGAGCGAGGCCAGUGAAGGGUCACAUGAUCCUGGGAGUCGAUCUGAAUCACCUGAGCUUGACGAUGUUAAAGUGUUUCAGAACGAGGUUCUCGGCACUCUGCAGCGAGGUCUGGAGGAGAACAUCAGCUGUGACAAUCUGGUUCUGGAGAUCAACUCGCUCAAGUAUGCCUAUAACAUCACUCUAAAGGAAGUGAUGCAGAUUCUCACUAAAGUGGUUCUGGAGUUUCCUUUCCAACAGCAAGGAGCUCAAAUCACUGCUGCCCAGUACUCCACUCUACUGCUGCCUUUGUUGAAGAAGUGGUCUCCAGUGUUUAAGAACUAUGUGAAGCGAGCUCAGGAUCACACACACUGUCUCUCCACUCUGGAGGAAGUGUUCAUGACGCACGACAGACACUGGUCUGCUCUCGCUAAGGUGUUGAUGAGUGUGUACCAGUUGGAGAUACUAGAUGAGGACUCCAUUGUGCGCUGGUUCUCUCAGGGAGCUCAGACCGAGAGGAGCAGAACCCUGCGCAAGAACCCCGGGCUGCUGAAGUUCAUCCAGUGGUUGGAGGAGGCUGAGGAGUCUUCAGAGGGAGAUAACUGAACACCAGUCAGAACACCACUGAUCUGUGUCUGUGUGAGUGUGUGAGUGUGUGUGUGUGUAGAACUGAUCUUCAUGCUAAUAAAGUGUUUAUUAAUGCACUUCACGCUGCUUUCUGAUGCUUUUGUAAAUCUGCUUUUGUUGUAUGAGUUAUUGUUACCAUGGACACGACCUAACCUUUGACCCUUAUGUUGGCCCUGACUACAUUUUGAUUGGCAGCUGUGAGACCUGUUUGAAGCUGAAAUAAAAGUGUGUGUUUAUUUA